UACAGGACCUGAUUGUUCUUUUGACCUGUUGGUCCAACUCGGUUGGUAGACGAGUAAUUGCCUCACUUAAAAACAUCAAGAAAUCAUGUCAACCGAGGUAAAAAUAUGUCCACAAAGCCUUAAUUUCGGCGGGAAAGAACGAAAAUGGAUUCGUCCUGACGUCGUUUCAAAGUGUACUUGGCAUUUAGGAGCAAAACUCUCUGACUCUCCUCACUAUCACGCAAAAUCCAGGGAGCCUUCUUCGAAGAUAAUGCCAAAUAUCUUACAAAAGAUUGGCGAUACUCCUCUCGUGCGGAUAAACAACAUUGGCAAAUCCUGUGGACUCAAGUGUGAAUUGCUGGCGAAAUGUGAGUAUUUUAACGCGGGAGGUUCAGUGAAGGACCGAAUUGGUCUGCGAAUGAUCGAAGACGCGGAGAGAGAAGGAACGCUUAAACCUGGAGAUACAUUGAUUGAACCUACCUCUGGAAAUACAGGUAUUGGCCUUGCUCUAGCUUCAGCUGUGAAGGGAUAUCGUUGUAUCAUCGUCAUGCCAGAAAAAAUGAGUAAAGAAAAGGUUGAUGUGCUGAGAGCUCUUGGUGCUGAGAUUGUCAGGACGCCCACAGAAGCCAAGUUUGAUUCACCAGAAUCCCACAUUGGAGUUGCUCAAAGACUUAAUCAAGAAAUACCCAACUCUCACAUCCUUGACCAGUAUCGUAACCCUGGCAACCCUCUGGCUCAUUAUGACAGCACAGCCGAAGAGAUUGCCUUUCAGUGUGAUGGAAAGAUUGACAUGGUGGUACUGGGUGCAGGUACAGGUGGUACCAUUACUGGUGUUGCCAGGAAUCUGAAGACCAAAUGCCCAAACAUCAAGGUUGUUGGUGUUGACCCUUUUGGCUCCAUCCUUGCUGAACCAGAGAAAUUGAAUGAUACUGAUGUAACAACAUAUCAUGUUGAGGGUAUUGGGUAUGACUUUGUUCCAACUGUUCUGGACCGAUCAGUUGUUGAUGAAUGGUUCAAGGUUGGUGACAAGGAAGCCUUUUCUAUGGCCAGGCGAUUGAUCCGAGAUGAAGGACUGCUGUGUGGAGGUUCAAGUGGGUCUGCAAUGGUGGCUGCUCUUCAGGCUGCAAAGAGUCUUGGUGAAGGUCAGCGUUGUGUGGUUAUACUGCCUGAUUCAAUCAGAAACUACAUGACCAAGUUCUUGAGUGAUGACUGGAUGGAAGAACAUGACUUCAUUGAGCUAAGCAUCCAUGAUGAAAACAGCAAACUAUGGUGGUGGUCAAAGAAGGUCAGUGUAAUUAAGCUGCAGUCACCACUGACAGUUUUGCCGUCAAUCUCCUGUCAGAAAUGUAUUGAGAUCAUGAGCAGAGAAGGCUAUGAUCAAAUUCCUGUAGUUGAUGAUACAGGGGCUGUCCUAGGUAUGAUUACCUUGGGGAACAUCAUGUCACAGAUUCUGGCUGGACGAUUGAAGCCAAGUGACGAUGUAUCCAUCUGCAUCUACAAGAACUUCAAAAAGGUUACAUUGGAUACGGAUCUACGCAAGCUGUCCCGUAUAUUGGACAUUGAUCACUAUGCCUUGGUAGUUCAUUCUCAGAGAGUCUAUAACGACACAGACGUGAUGAAACAGAAAGAAAUGAUCUUUGGGAUUGUGACAAGAGUUGACUUGUUGAACUACAUCACCCAUGCUGAGGCUAAAUCACCACUGUGAUACAACUACUGUUCCCCUACCCUACCCCCCUAAAACUACCAUGGUUAACUAGACAAAAAUACCCUGAUGCCUUGGGUAGUAUUAUACUAUAUCUGAGCACCAACUGUAACCCUACCCUACCCCCUGAAAUUACCAUGGUUCACUAGACUAAACUACCCUGGUGCCUUGGAUAGUACUAUAUUAUAUCUGAGCACCAACUGUACCCCUACCCUACCCCCUGAAAUUACCAUGGUUCACUAGACUAAACUACCCUGGUGCCUUGGAUAGUAUUAUAUUAUAUCUGAGCACCAAUUGUACCGCUACCCUACCCCCUGAAAUUACCAUGGUUCACUAGACUAAACUACCCUGGUGCCUUGGAUAGUAUUAUAUUAUAUCUGAGCACCAAGAAGGGACUAAGUAAUUAAAUGACGAGAAUAUUCGUAGCAUUUAAACAUUAAUCUUACAAAAAUAUAAUACAUGGACUGUCGUUUAAAAAUCUUAUUAAUUUCUAUUUUAAUAUGAAUAUAAUCAUGGUAUUAUGUUGUAUGACUUGGAUGGUUAACAGCUUAGUUACGCCAAGUUACGGCGCAUUGUCUUUUUCUUUCCUAAAAGGUAUUUAUUUAUUUAUUUUUGUUUUGUUUUGUUUUUUUGUUUUUUGUUUUUUAUUUGUUUAAAACCGGGGCAACUCUUCCACUAAGCUAAACGCGUUUUAUUUUAAACUCUGAAUCGGAAAAAAAUGAUGGACAUACUGUAGUCUUAAACCAAAAUGUUUUGCAUAUAAUUAUCAUUAAUGUUAAGAUAAUAAAGUAGUUGAACGAAA